AUGAAUCAUCUUACAGGAAUUGACGCUGUUCUUAAUGUAGCUUAAGCAAGCACUCCAGCUCCAUCAAACAUAGAUUCCACAUGGGUUUUGAUUACAUCCUUUAGUGCUUUAUUAACAAUAUUGGGAUUCGCCUUCAUCAGUUCAGGAGCGGUGAGAUACAAAUCUGUGCAAUCAGCAGUUAUCACAGUCUUAUUGGGAGCAGUGAUCACCAUAUUAUUUUUCUGGCUUUUAGGAUAUGGAUUUGCAUUUGGAGAUGAUAAGGGAAACAAGUUCAUUGGUUUGAGUAGAUUCGCUGGAGCUGGAUAUGGAGUGGAUGCAUCAAGAGAUGAUUAUACAAAUUUAAUUUUCUAGAGUGUUGGAGCAAUAAUAGUAUCAUCUUUGUUUGGAUUGGGAACAUUGGAAAGAUCCAGAUUUUUCUCAGUCAGUGUCUGUCUAGCUGUUAUUUCAGGCUUCUUAUAUCCAACUGCAUUGCAUUGGGUUCAACCAACAGGUUGGCUAAGUAAAUUUGGAUUCAUCGAUUUUGCUGGAUCCAGUUACAUCCACUUUUUCGGUGGAGUGACAGCAUUGGUUGUUUCAAUCUUCUUGAAGGAAAGAAGAGAUUAAGCAGGAAAUGUUCACCCAGGUAUCUUCCCACAUCAUUCCCCAAUCAACAUUGGUUAUGGAUCAAUAAUCUUAAGUGUUGCCACACUCAUUUUCAUUAAUGGUGCAAAUCAAGAGGGCAAAACAGAUAAAUAUGAACAAGGAUUAAUAGCAGUUAAUACUUUAAUCGCAGCUACCUUCUCAGCCUUGACAAGUUUUGUUGCUUAAUAUUUGAAAACCCACAAAACAAGUUUAAUUGCUAUUGCAAGAGGAAGUGUUGCUGGUAUUGUUGCCAUCUCAGCAAUUGCCAAUGACGUUAGAAUUUGGGAAUCUGCAUUAACUGGUACCCUCGCUGGUUUAGUGUAUAUUGUACUUAUUCUUGUCAUCAAGAGAUCUCAUGUUGAUGAUCCUGCUUAUACUUUAGCUACUCAUCUUGGACCAGGAUUAUUGGGUACUCUUUUGGUUGGAGUCUUGACACUCAGCAAUGGAUUCGUAACUGGACAUGGAUUUAAAUAAUUUGGAUUAUAACUUGUAGGUGUUUUGGCAUUAUUAGGAUGGGGAUUGUUGAUUGCUUUAUUCGUUAUCCCAUUGAAGGGAACUGGAGUCUUUAAGAUCAAUCCCUUCUAAGAAUCCAAAGGAAUUGAUACCAGUUAUGCUGAAGGAGAAGCUAUUUAAUUCAUUGAUGAAUAACCAGAACCAUCUCUUUUAAGUAGUAUUCCAAAAAAGGGAAUCUUCCAAUGAUUAAUAAGUCAUUAAAUUUUCAUGCAUUAAGAUAAAACAAUUUCUUUAUUU